AUGACUGCCUGGUCCGUUGCUUCCAAGAACCCCAUUCGAAUUCUUGUUUGUCCGUCCGGCUUUAAGGGCAGUCUCCAGCCUACUACGGCUGCCAACUGCAUCGAGGACGGCAUCCUUGCCGUUGAACCACAGGCCGUCGUCCGCAAAGUGCCCCUCGUCGACGGAGGCGAGGGCUUCACCCGCGCCCUGGUUGCGGCCACGCAUGGCGUCAUUCAGCCGGUCAGCGUCUGCGGGCCGCUUGGCCAGCCCAUCAAGUCCUUCAUUGGCGUUUUGGGUCACCGUGAAGACGGGGAGCCCUGUACAGCCGUCAUCGAGAUGGCUGCCGCCGCCGGGUUGAGCCUCGUGCCCUCCGACUGCCGCAACCCAGGGGUCACGACGACGUACGGCGUGGGUGAGCUGAUUCUUGCCGCGCUGGAUGCUGGAGCCACCCGUAUUCUGGUUGGCUGCGGGGACUCGGGCACCUGUGACGGCGGCGCCGGCAUGCUCCAGGCUUUGGGGGCUCGUCUUCUGGAUGCCCAUGGGGCGCCUCUCCCUAUUGCUCAAGGUGGCGAGUCGCUUCUGGCACUCCAUUCCAUUGACCUCUCCGCCGUGGACCGACGCCUCCAACACACGAAAAUUGACGUUGCGGUCAACUGGCACAACGUACUUUGCGGUCCCAACGGCGUCUCCAACGUGUUCGGUCCGCAGAAGGGAGCCACACCUGCGCAGACGGCUCGUCUUUCCCAGGCCAUGGAAGCCCUGGCAGACGUGUCCUCUCACAUACUCGAGGACGAAAACGUGCGCCUGGCACCCGGGGGCGGCGCGUCUGGAGGCCUGGGUACGGGUCUCCGGUUGAUUGGGGCGCGCCUACAGCCGCGCUUUGAGAUUGUGAAGCAGUACAUCAACCUGCGGGGCAUGUUUGACGAGUGCGACCUAGUGGUGACAGCUGAGGGCGGCAUCGAUUACCAGACGCCCCGCGAUAAGAUCCCCGCUGAGGUGGCACGAUUGGCAAAGAAACAUGGACUGCCAGUAAUUGCCAUCGCGGGGACGAUCGGACCUGGUGCACGGGUCAACUACGACGUGGGCAUCGACGCGUUUACUUGCAUCCUCCAGCGACCCAUGACGCUCGACGAUGCGGUCGAAGAGGCAGAAAGUCUAACGAGGGAGAGCGCCGAGCUAGUGAUGAGGAUUGUCUCGAUUGGACGGAUGUUAGGACACGGCCAGUGA